ACUCAUUGUUUACAUUGUAAGUAAAGUUACUGAUGGAGGUGGAGGUCCUCAGUACCUCGUGAACUCUAGGGGAGGUAGGCUGUUUAUGAGGAUGAAUUAAGAUUAUAAAGUUAAUCUGUCAUGUGCAAGAUGAAAAACAUUAGUAGUCACACAGAAUGGGUUGCAUCCCUAGGCAGAGCUAUCAAACACACGCGUAACCUUGCUGUGUGGAGUUCAAUACCUUGGUUUAUAGGAUGGGCAACUCUGACUGUGAUGGGACCAAUUGUUGCAGUACGACUCGUGUAUAGAGUCCUUCAGGUGGUGAUGUAUCGAGCCUUUUCUGGUGAAAAGGCUUUGUGUGGAAAGAUAUUUCAGCCUCCAGAGCUGCAUGUUCCUACUAUCGUAAAACUGGAUCUGGAGAACAUAAACAGCAUUCCAGGGAUGGUCGAUAACCUCCUCAAAACCCAUGGACAUAUUGAUGUCCUUAUCAACAACGCUGGCAUUUCAUUUCGAGGCGCAGCCAUUGACACUGACAUCAGUGUUGAUAUAAAGCUGAUGGUUGUAAAUUAUUUUGGCCAGGUUGCUCUAACAAAAGCUAUCCUUCCAAGUAUGGUGGAGAGAAAAUCAGGUCACCUUGUGGCUGUGAGCAGUGUUCAGGGAAAACUUGCGAUACCAUACAGGUCAUGCUACACAGCUUCAAAACAUGCUCUGCAGGGCUUCUUUGACUCUCUGCGUGCUGAAGUUGCUGAUAGUGGAGUGCUCGUAACUGUUGUCAGCCCAGGAUAUAUCUCGACAAAUCUUUCUUUAAAUGCUGUUACUGGUGAUGGCUCAUUAUACGGCACCAUGGAUGCAACUACAGCUUCUGGCAUGAGCCCAGAAAAGGUUGCUGAACACAUCGUUGGAAGUUUGAUAAAUGGAUACGAGGAACUAGUGUUGGCUCCCUUGUCUCACCGGCUUGCCAUCAUUCUGCACACACUCGCCCCAUCACUUAUUUCUCGGAUCAUGAAGAGCCGUGCUCUUAGUCAAAAGUAUAUGUACGCGCACAAGGAAGAUUGAACAAUAAUUUGUAUGUGGUGUAUGAAUGGCUAAAUUUUUAUUGAAGUGAUUUCCCUGUUCAUGGAGGUAAAGUAUCUCCAUUUACCUAUCGUGUAUAUGUUUGAGUACAGUAUUUAUGACCAUAAUGGUAUUAUAUUAUGGUUAAAGGAAUUGAAAUAACUGAAAAUGAAUGUUGGAGCUCAAAGCUUCUCUUUCAGGGAGGUUCCUUGAUGUUGGUGAGGGGCUCUUGAUCAAAGGAAUUUGACCUGUCCUUCCAUUACUUUGAUUAAACCUGAUUGCCUCUCAAUCCCAAGGGCUGUACGACUCCUAUGGGUUUAGCCUUUUCCCCUAAAUAUAUCUUCAUGGAGGGAGUGCUAAACCCAUAGGGGGGUCAUACAUUGCUUGUGAAAAUAGGAAGCAUCAGGUUCAUUACAAGGAAGUGGGAGUUGGGUUCCUUGGAUCAAGAACUCAUCGGCAUAAGUCCCUCAAGAGGGUGAUGCCUGUUUAUGCAUUUUGACCCCUUGAGGGGUUGAAAUGCAUUGAGAAGCUUUCAGUUCCAUCUUUCACAGAGUUUAUAUUUAAUUUUGUACACAUGUACAUAGAGAUGUGUACAAAACCCUUGAAUGUGCAAAUGUCAGAUCAUUGUGAUAAAUGCAAUUAUACAGACACUAGUGUAUCUUUAUUGCUGAAAUGAUUCACCUGUGCAGUAGGCUUUAUUAUUUAUAUUCAAAUAUAAUACUAGAGAGUUAGGUUUAGCACUUUCUCUGAUUAUAAUAAGAGUUAGUGUGGUGGUUUUGAGGUGAUCAGUUCCUCAAGCCUGAAUCAGAGGCCUGCAGAAAGACCUUGUACAUAUAUACGAGGUCUGGUCAAAGGCCUUUGCCUCAAACUUGAGGGAUUGGUUACCACCUUCCAAGAUUGAGAGUGUGAUUACCUCAAAACUCCUACUCUGCUGUCUCUUGUGAACUUGUUGUCUAGGCAAGACAUUUCAGCUUUAGAGAAGUGUUGGACAUGCAUUUUAUUCAACUUGUUAAUAUUGUAUUUAAAUUUUUAUAAAGAUUGGUUAUAACAAAAUGUAAACUUUUAAAUAAAAACAUUAAUAAUUUGAUUAAUAUUAAUUAUUUAUGAAUGGGUUACAAAUUCUAUUUGUGAAGGUUGUACUGAAACAUGUCAGACUGAAAUUGGACCUAUCUCAACUUUCCUUUGAGUGUCCCCAAUUCCCUUCCUUUUCCCAGGGAAUGUAUGAUCCCUGUGGGUUUAAUGCAGCUCCAUAAUUUAUGAACUAUACAUUCAGUAUUAAGCCCAUAGAGGUAGUAUAGUACCAGGGGUAAUGGGAAGCAAUCAGAUUCAAUCCAAGGAAAAGGAUAGCAAUGAAAUAGAAAAUAUGCCAAAUGAGUAAGAUCACCAUACAGCAAGAGAAGAAAUGUAACAGGCACAAAAUUACAUGCUGCUCAACAUGUCUGAUAAUUAUAAUACUGAUAAAUAAAAUGCAAGUGCAAGACCUAGGUAUCUUUCAUGAAGACAAUUUACCCCCAGUGGCCUUUUCAAAUCAGUAGAGAGGUUAUAAACUAGAGACGAAGAUGUAAUCAGUCCCUCAGCCAUGAUAAGUGUUCAGUGCCUAAGUCUUGAUGAAAACUCAAGACUAAGGGACUGAACACCUAUGAAGUCUGAGGGAUUUAUUCCAUACUCCAUGAUCUUCAGUUUAUAAUCACUGUACUAAAUUGAAAAAAAAGCCACUGGUUAGCAAAUCUUCAUUAAUAUACUCAGGUCUUGCACAUGUCUUGUUCAUCAAAUUGAGGGUAUUGUGUACAAAUAUAAAUUAAACCCACUGAGGUCAUCUAUUGCUAUAAGGCAGAAAGGCUAUGAAAAGCAUGAAAAACUAUAUUGCUUGCAGAACAACUGUAGAGAAAAUAAGGGGCAAGCAACUCAGUCAUAAUUUGAUAACAGUUUUGAAGUUACCAAAGUUGUCAACAAAAAUUAUAUUGAAUAAACCAGUAAUAUUAAUCCUUAAACUUUUACAUUACAAUAAUGAAUGAAUUUUAUAGAAAUUUAACAAAAUGGCCACAGUAUAAAUACCAUAAAAUCUGGAGAGAUAAAUACUGUAUUGAUAUAUUAAAUGUUAUAACAGACAACUAUAAUAAAAUAGUGCACAUCUGGAGAGUAAUAUAAAUCUCAUAUACGUAUUUAAAAUAUUAAAGUACAAGCAAACAUGAUAGUAAAUACAACAAAGGGUUCAUUUAAAUUCAAAUAAAUAACAUGGGAAUAGUGCAAGAUAAUAAUGUUAACAGCUACACACUAAUGUUAAAUAACAUACAGCAGAAAUGCUGAAACAUCGACUUUCUCUGAGGCUUGCUUUGACAAUAUAAGCCCCACCUACAUUCCCUAUUUAUCAUUCUUAAGUUCUUAAUACCCCUCAGUUUAUUAUUACCAUGCAUAUUGAGGGAGUCACGGUCUCAUCUGGGGAACUUCUUUAUGCUGAAGCAACAGUUAUCUAGAAAUGCUAUCAUUUACAAUAAUAUUGACCAAGAUCAUCAUUCAUUUACCCCAGUACUGUACCACGUCUUGUUUUCUUUAUUAUUAUUUAUAGUCGAGUGCAAAAUCUGUAAGUCAUACGGUUUCUAGGAAUUGAUGCAUUGUUUUUACAAAAAGAAACUACAUGCAUAUUACGUAUAUACAUAUGUCCCUGACUUUGGAAUAUUUUUUCAUUAAAAUGGAUUAUUUUUGCCCUCAUAAAAAAUACAUUGACAACAGUGAAUGGCACAUUAUUUAUAAAAAUAACUCCAUAUUGUUAUUCAAAUUUUAAACUUUUAAUAUUAUACAAUACAGUACAUACAGUAUUUAAUGUCAUUAUUUAUUUUCAGCCAUUAUUUGCAUACAUUUACUUUAUAGACUACAGUAUUACCCUUUACUUCAACUGGACUUAUAUUUUUUCUUGUAUUAUUUUUAUUCACUUUCGUACAUCUUUUUUUUUAACACGUCUAUAUACAGUUUAUUGUGCAGGACCUGCUUAUGUUUUCACGGUAAAUUUUAUUUUUUAUAGCUAUUAUUAUUAUGGUUUUUCAUGGGGAGACACUAAAUGAAUAGGGGAUCAUAAAGCUCUUAGGAAAUGUAAGGUAAUCAGGUUUGAUCUAAGGAAGGGAAGUGUAACUGAAGUUUCUCUGAUAAAAAACUUUUAUGGCUCUUAUACUUCAGCAAAUAAACCUGACCCAUCACUACAAUACUGCACUGGUACCACUGUACACAGAUUCAAUUAACCAUUUAAAUUCUUGGUAAUAAAUUUUUUUGAUACCAUAUGUACUGUAUAUCUGCUAAAAGUAUAAGACAAAAAAUUUACUCGACAAUUUUGUACAGUACAGGAUUUAACAUCUUUUUAAUGUAUUAUAAAGUGCUAAAGCUGAUCUCCAUUCAUAGUUGCUUUGUUGAUGUCAUUUUGUAAUUUUUGUAACUGACUGCAAGUAAAAAUUCACAUUAACCCUUAAGCUGUCCAAAUGUAGCUCUACGUCCACAUGUGUAGACAAGCACCUAAAGUCGAUUCCUGACCAGCCGGGCUGUGGCUCGUACGUUGGUUUGCGUGCAGCCAGCAGCAACAGCUUGGUUG